AUGCUAGGUCUCGACUCGGACGACCCAGCAUUGGCCUGGAUCACCAAAAAUUUCACCGCCGAAGGUGCAUUCCUCACCAAGUACAAACUCAAGCUCCAUGACGACGAAGAUCAAAUCGUCGGAAUCCGCAUUGCGAGAACUAUGGCAGCAGACGAGGCUGCCUCCUACCCACUCACCCAAUACUGGCUACCCGAAGAACACCAAUACAUCGCAAGGUACUGGCGCCAUCAUGUCCACUUCAUGCAAGCCCACAAUCUUUGUCCCUGGAAUCGAUAUGACUGUGAAAAGGCCGUCAAACUCGCAAAGCAACUUCGUCUUGAGCAAGAAAACCGUGAUGAUCCCGUGGGUAACGAUUUGGCCUGGUUCGACAAGAUGCUUAAAGCCAAGACCAGGCUAUCCUGGCGCGAGCUCCUUCUUCAUGGUCGUUCCUGGAAGUCGAUCUACACUUAUCUCCCCGAAGAUCUGGCCUUGGAACGCAAACUCACGUCUCUUAGACAAGCCCUACACAUAGAGUACGACGGUACCGGACUCCACGACUAUCCAAACACGAAGUUCUGGGAGGAUAAGCUGCUGGACAGUCCGAUGGGGUGCACUUUCCGCGAGUUCCUGGACGGAAGGAAGGUUCUAAAGACGGAAUUCGAGGUCACUUGGGGCGAAAUGCUGCUUUACGGGGCGGAUGCCCUGAGGGGAGUCAUGGACACGUUGGACCGGGUAGUUGCAAAUAAGGCAUUGGGAAUCAUCAUGAAUGACAUUGAUGAAGAUGGUGCAAUUUGA